AUGCGCACCUCGCACGCUUGUGAUCGGUGCCGUCUGAUGCGGACAAAGUGUUCGGGAGGUGACCGUUGUACCAAAUGCAUCAAAGACGACGCGAACUGCGUCUAUGGCGAUCGCAAGCGGGAGCGCAACAAAAAGGAUCUCGCCGAGAGUCUAGAUCGCAUCAGUUUACUGGAAGACGAGAAUAGUCGGUUGGUCGGUGCUCUCCGCUCAUUAGCCGAGCGUCCAGACUUCCGUCCGGAGGAAAAUACCCAUGUAUUGCAGCUGUUGAACAAGUAUUCCGAGCAAGAGGGCGACGACGAAGAGCAUGGGGUGGCCUCGAGCAGCCAGUCGAAGAGCCGGGCCGGCCUUUCUGUCUCGCAGCGUCCGUCAUCCUCGUCAAGUCCGGGUCGGUCGCGGCGGGACCACAGGUAUGGGGAGACCAAGGCCAACUCGAGCGUGGGCUCUCCUCGGAAACAAGGGGAGCUGAACUUUCUUGUGUCUCUAGAUUUUGGAGGAGGGGCUUCUGGCUUUGUGGGGAAAAUGUCAGAGAUCUCUUGGAUCCAACGUGGAUUUGAAACCGUCCGAGGCCACAACCUGGCCAACGCCGGACUACCGCAUGCGGCAGAAAUGGAUGAAAAUCUGGCGACAACAACCAACUUCAGCUAUUUCGUGGACGAUAUUAACCUGUUGGCAGUAGACGAGGAUUAUGUGGAUCAAUAUCAUUGGCCCGCCACCGAGUCUUUGGUAAUCCUGUCAGAGGCCUUUUUCCACUGCAUGCAGGGUGCCUAUCAUUUUGUGCUCCGUGAGGAAUUUUUGCAACGGGCAUACUCUUUCUCAGGUAAGGGAACGGCCCCAACGUGGAGGAAACGGCGCUGGCUCGCGAUGGCAAAUCUCGUGUGGGCUAUUGGAGCAAAGUGGCUACAGAUCACCCAGUUGGCCGACAAGGAUACUAAUGGGGAUCAUCUGGUCUACUACGCACGGGCGCGAGCGUUGGGUCUGGACCAUAGGGUGAUGUUCGACCACCCUGACAUCGAGCGAGUCCAGGGCAUUGGACUCUUAUCUUUCUACCUUCUUGUCAAUGGGUCCAUCACGCGCUCCUGGAAUACGUUGGGCCACGCUAUCCGGCACGCCACGGCGCUCGGGCUGCAAUUAAAGGUAACAGACCCAAAUGUGAGCGAGUUGGACAAGUCGCGGCGAGCUCGAACGUGGUAUUCGCUCUACAGCCUCGAGAUCCUGAUUGCCGAAAUGACCGGGCGGCCAAAGUCUAUCUUCCUGUCCGAUGUGACCAUACCCAUCGAUCUUUCCUGGUCGGUCCCGCAAGAGACGGAGCAAUUCUCUGGCCAAAUCGACAAUUUUUAUUCGCCUGCCGAUUCGAGGAAGAUGUGGCUGGAGUACCUCAACGCUAGUCGCAAUAUUUCCCAGAUGACGGGCGGAGUGGUCCCCUGGAAAAGCUUUGCGGCAGUGGGACGUGGCAUCCCUACCUCAUACUUACCUCAUCGAUUGUACCUCUGUCGACUCAGCGACAAGGUGGCGGCGCAAAUGUACAGCGGGACGUCUGAAGAUUCGUGGUCCCAGAUCCAGCAUAAGAUCGGCGACUUGCAGACGGAGUUGAAGAACUGGGUCGAACAGCUUCCGCCCGAGUUGACUCUCCAGAGUCAGGAUUCGGUGAUAGGCACUGAUCCUCGAACCAAGCUCGAACUAGGCAUGUAUCACCACAGUGUGGAGAUGAUCCUCCACCGGCCAUGCCUCUGCGAGGUGAUUAUCGGAGAUGAAUCGAAGCAGUCGAAAGAGUUCAACCGCAGUUCGGCGCGAGCCUGCGUCCACGCGGCCAUGGCCAUGUUGUCACUCAUGCCUGACUAUCCCACGGCCCACGAAGCGUACCAGCUGCUGCCGUGGUGGUCUCUCCUUCAUUUUGUGGCGCAGGCGACGUCUGUGUUGCUUUUGGAGCUAGCCCUGGACGGACGUCACUUCAAAGAUGAGAUACCACAAGUGGUGACGUACUUGCGCAAAGCCAUGUCAUACCUCUGGUGCAUGAGUGAGGGUUCAUUAUCCUGUUACCGCGCCUGGAGGAUAUUCAGACAACUACUGACCGAGGUCAUGGAGCGGCACGAGGAGUACGAUUUGGCUGACAUCCCUGUCGAGGCACCACCGCCUCCCAGGUGGAAUGAAGAGCUCGAGGAUUUGACGGUCAAGGCCUUUAAGGGACGAAGGGAUUCAGUUCCAUCCCCCAUGGAAUAUGAGGAGGGCUAG